GACGUCAUCAGAAAGCGCAACCGGCACCGCUUUAUAAACAAACGUAUGGUUGACGUGAGGAGAGAUGAGCACGAGCUACUUUCAUCCGUUGGUGCAGAAAUAACGCAAAAUUAACAACUUUCUUUCGACUAAUUGACAGCAAGCGCCACUAAUAUGCCGAGCAGCUGUAAGGAGUGUGGCUCAUCUAAUGUUAUACAGGAUGACCUGUACUCUCAGAUACAAUGGGUAUGUGAGGACUGUGGGUCUGUGAUUGAAGAGGGACAUCUGACCACCACACUUAGCGAUGAGACCCAGAGUAGAGCUGUGCCCUUUCAUGCUACCACGGAGGCGAUUAAGACUCCAUGCAGAAAUCUAAUAGCAGGCUUCUCGCGUGUCCGUGCCCUUUGUCGUAUUCUGAGAUUAUCCAGAGACAUGGAAUCUGAAGCGGUUAGUCUCUUUGAGCGUGCUUACAACCACUCCAACUUCCUUCAUGUGACCUUGGAGAAGAAGGAGAUCUUGGGAGGAUGCUGCAUACUGUUCGUCUGUAGGCAGAGCAACUGGCCUGUUGCUAUGGGAACCAUUAGCAACCUAUUAGGGGCGACCACAAAUUUACUGGGUGCAGUUUAUCAAGAAUUUACCAAGAGUCUGAACAUCGAAGCCCCAACCAAAGGCAUCAUAGAUCUGGUGGAAAGCUUCUGUUACGAGUUCAAGCUGGGUCCUACACAGGUGGAUGAGGUGUUCGCUGAAACUCCCCAGCGAUUGGUGGACAGAACAUCUGCAUUAAUUGAAUUGGCUGCAGAAGUCUGGAUAGUGACUGGACGGCAACCUCUGCCCCUCCUUAUGGCAGCAGUGUACGUGGCCUGGCAGUCUCUAAAGCCUAUGGCCCGCAUGAAAUACGCUUUCAACGUGUUCUGCAAGAUUGGAAAAGCGCCCGAACAGUCAUGGCGCAGAAGCAAAGAGACGGUCCUGAAGCGGGUGAACGAACUCCGGGACGUGUUGUGCAAAUUGGGGCGAGAGCUGCCCUGGCUAAGGGGGGAGAGUGUGGAGCCCAGCACUGUGGCCAAGCUGGUGGACGACAUCUUGAAGAAUCGUCAGGCGCUCCUCCUGAGGGCGGUUUGGCACUACGAGCAACAGCUGCAAAAUGAGCUCUCGGAGGCCCAAACUACACAAGACCUCUGCACUGAGCCAUCAGGAAAACUUAAAACUGAUUCAAACCCGGUUACGGAUCCCGGGCACGUAAGCUCUGAUCAGGUGAAGGUUGAGUGCGAGAUUUUUCCCGGGAAAGAGAACUCGGACUGUGAACUUCCAGCAACCCACUGGGGUAAAAGGCACUUGUUUUUACCUCCCUGUGUGAAGAGUCGCAAACGGCAGAGGGAGGACGUGCCGCAGCUGGAAGUGACUGGAGAUGAGGACAUAUCCGACAGCGAGAUCGAAUCUUACAUUCGCUCAAAGGAUGAGAUUAAACUGUAUUUAAAGGCUCAGAAGGAGCUGAAGGAGGCGUAGCUAUGUAUAAAUGGCAAACUAAAGCUGUAUGUUGUUGAUGACUUUAAUUUUUUUUGAAGACCAUUAAAAAGGGUUAUGGCACUUAAUGCAUUCACACAAGUUUUGUUAAUAUGUUAAUAAACACCCGUUGUAUUUGAUUCAGAUCUUUUUUUUACUAAUAUAUAUAUAUUUUUUUAUUAAAACAAGUUAUUUAAAGUUGGAUAUGUGAUUUAGAUUUACUAUUAAAAAAGUUUUUCAGGCAGUUAUUUAUUUUCUUAGUUUGAUCCUGAGGUUUAAAAGCAUGCAUUACUCAAAUCGAUUGUCACAUUUUAUUUGUCUCAACUGCUGCAACUAAAUUCCCAGUGUAGAUAUAUUUUAUUUGCAUUUGUUUUCCUGUUCACAUUGUUCUUGUGUUUAUUUCCCAAGCUUCGAUUUUCAUAACACCAAGUCCCUAACAUUGUGAUGUCAUCAUUAGUAUGCACCCUUUUCAUUUCGGUCGUUACUUGAAGCUAUUGAAACACAUUGCAAGGUUGUUCAGCAGGUAUGUGACAUUGACAAUCCAAUUUAACGUCCCAAUAAUGAGAGCUUAUUUUUCUGUCGUGUUUUUAUC